CAUACGCCAUUGCUCUUGCCCUCUCGGUCGAUUUUGUGUCAUCUUUCAAGUUUUUUUUUUUUUUAGCAUUUAUUUUAUUUAUUUAGUUAUUUUUUUUUAUUUUAUUUAUUUUUUUUUCUAACUGAGCAAUUUGUGUCAUAUUAUUGAUGGUGGUAAUUGUUAUAGGCUUUGGCCUACUUUAGCAGUAGCUUUUUCGUGGUGUGGAGAACCGACACAGGCCUGAUAAUUGGCUCCAGAACGCCUAAAGGACUUAAGUUCUUAAACAUUGUUAUUAACAAAAAUGUGCUGUCUUUACUAAUGUUUUACUGCGUUUGUUGAUAAAGAUGAAUGAAGUCGCCGACAUCUCUGACAUAGUGCAGGACAUCAAGAUCACUGCAUUUCGAUCAGGAAAUAAUUUUGUGGACAUGAGCGUGGUUGUCACUGACGAAUCCGCUGGAGAACAACAAGUAAAGGAAGCAUUUAGACAAACACUUAUGUCAAUAAAUAAUACGGACGUCAUAUUCGACUUAAACAGCCUUCAAGUAGACCUAACAGGAGUAAAUGAAAUUGACGACAAAAGCAACCUGGUACUGGUUUGCAUUGUUGCAGUUGCAUGUUUUGUGGGUCUUCUUUUGAUUGUGUUUUUUGUUGCUGUUAUAGUAUUAGCUUCAACCAGAAAUGGCGUCAAGACUUGCCCAACGGGAGGUCCGAUGUCUUCGACGUCGACGGAGGGGCUAAUGUCCCCGACGAGAGCAAAGUGUGCGUGGUAGGGCGUCCCUCAAAAUUCUUCGAAAGUAGUCCAUGGGAAGAAUAAGAUGAUUAGGGGUUUUAAACGAUUAUUUAAUGGAUUUUAAAGUCUGCUAUUAUGUAAUAAAGUGCCUAGGAUGAUCUGUGAUCUAUAAGGCUCGCUAUAUAAAUGCGG